UUGUCAAAACAAAAUAUGGAGGCUCCCACACAUGUUUAAGCAGAAUAAAGGAAGAAAGCAAGCAGGGGAAACGGUCAAAUCAAAAGGAGAAAGAAACGAUAUACGCGUUUUGAGCAAAAUACCAAUUUAAUUCGGUUUGGAGGAGUGAGUACACAAGUGAACACAGAAGAAAGUUCAAAUUCUUCAUUUAUUCCAGAAAGAUUUGUUAACUCAUAUCACGUGUGUCUGUAAUGGUCUUUUUAAAGCUUUAGAUUCUAUUCAUUAAUAGUCUUCACGCUUUCCAACCUUGUUUUCAACGGUAGCAGCAGCCAUGGCUGCUCCUCUUUGAAUUCGGAACAGUAUUAUCCAGAUUCUAUCGCACCAACUCUUGUGAUGCAUAGGUAGGCCUUCGAUUAGAAGUCUUGUUCUUCUUUUUUAAUGUGUGGGUGUUUUUUGAAGUAAGGAGGAGAGGGAAUGUAGGCGGAAUCCAGAGGAAAAGUUAAUGGGUGGCGUUUAAAGUAAGAAUUACUGAUUGGGUGCUUGGAAAUCGAGGGCUUAAAGGAGAUACGAGGGCUUUCAUCUGGGUAAUGGUGGAGAAAAUUGCCCAAGUCGCAGGAAUUGAAAAAAUGCAAUUUUGGGACAGUUUGGUAUUAGAACAGAGGCUGUUUCAAUUCGAGUUUUCCCUAUUGCGCAUAUGUGGAGAAUCUGGAGUGAUGGAUAUUGUGGGUGAUUGGAAAAAUUGCAGCUUUGAACAGAUUUGGAUUGCUUGUCUCUGACAGGCUUAGAUUUGUGAGUAUAUAUGGCUUUGGUUUUAGCAAAUUUUAAUGGAGAAUUAUGUUGAUUGCCCCCUUUUUUCUUUCCAAUUGUUGGCUUCUGGAAAUUUAGACACAAACUUAUUGUGGGAUUCUGAAGAUUAAACCCUCAAAACAUAUAUUGGGAUUCCGAAGAUUAAGUCUACAAAACAUAUUGCAGGAUUUUGAAGAUUAAGUCACAAAACCUAUUGUGCAUUUUUGAAGAUUAAGCCCACAAUACAUAUUGUGGGCUUCUGAAGUAAUAAACAAAAACAUAUUGUUGUUUUCUGGAGAUCUGAUAUCAUAAGCAUGUCUGCACAAGCUCCAUCCCCUGCUGCUUCUGGUAGGGUCUCACCUCCUACCCCAAAUGCAUCUAGUCCUUCUACGAAUGGAUCAACCCCUGGCAGUAAUUCCUCUCCCCCACCACAACAGAUCCGAGCACCAUCCCCACCAUCCCCACCAUCUCCUCCUCCAGCCUCCUCUCCUCCACCUCCUUCAACCAAUCCUACGACCCCACCUCCUGUCUCUUCUCCUCCACCAUCAAAUUCUAAAGUCACGCCUCCCUCUCCUUCUCCUCCUGUUCAAUCUCCACCACCUACUGCAAAUGCACAAUCCCCCGCUGGAUCACCACCACCACCUGCAAAUGCUCCUCCUGCUAAAUCCUCACCACCUCCUGUAAAUGCUUCACCUCCUGCUCAGUCACCACCAGCUCCAGCUAAUGUUUCUCCUCCAGUUCAAUCACCUCCCACCAAGUCGUCUCCACCACCAAAAUCCUCUCCCACUUCUCCCACACCUUCUAUAAAACCCUCCACUCCACCACCUGCCGAAUCUCCAUCAAAGUCCUCAACUUUACCCCCUUCCAUUGUCUCACCUACUUCCUCGAGUCCACCACCGCCUUCUCUUUCAUCUCCACCAAAAUCGUCUCCGACGCCAAAUUCCCCAUCCCCCAAAGAAUCGCCACCAACCCCAGAAACUCCAGCUCCAGCAGGAAUUUCAUCCCCACCAUCUAGUACUACCCCCGGAAUUGGAUCAUCAUCAUCUCCUACGCCAAACUCAACUACCCCUGGAACUGGAUCCUCAUCGUCUCCUACCCCAAAAUCAACGCUUGCUGAUGGAUCUCCUAGUUCAGGGAAUGCUCCUAUAGCAGCAAUUACAGGAAUUGCAGUGGGCGCGUUAGUUGUCUUUGCUGUCUUUGGCGUUCUGUUUUGGUACAUAAGGAAAAAGAAGAGGAGGGAUACCUAUCCUGGAAAUUACGAUGGACCUGCUCCACCGGGAAGCUUUUCACGCAAGUCAGAUGGAGUGUAUGCAUCUAAUGCACCUAAUUCCAAUCAGUAUUUGGCAAGAGCAUCAUCAUCAACUGCUACUCCAGGAUAUGGUUAUGAUAAUGGAUACCAAGGCAGCAAAUAUUCUUCGGGUGAUGCUAUUGCAAUUCCAGCACCACAAGUGGCUACAUCUGGACUUGGCAAUUCAAAAUCCUGGUUCACCUAUGAAGAUCUGGCAAUUGCAACAAAUGGAUUUGCACCUCAGAAUGUACUUGGAGAGGGUGGCUUUGGAUGUGUUUACAAAGGAUAUCUAGAAGGUGGAAAAGUUGUUGCAGUCAAACAGCUCAAAAUAGGUGGUGGGCAAGGAGAGCGAGAAUUUCGUGCUGAAGUAGAAAUUAUCAGUAGGGUUCACCAUCGUCACCUGGUGUCUUUGGUUGGCUAUUGCAUUGCAGACAGUCAACGAUUGCUUGUAUAUGAAUAUGUUCCUAAUGGCACCCUUGAAUACCAUCUUCAUGGGAGGGGAAGACCUGUAAUGGACUGGCCAACCAGGCUAAGAAUUGCCAUUGGAGCAGCUCGUGGGAUAGCAUACCUGCAUGAAGAUUGUCAUCCCCGAAUAAUUCACAGGGAUAUUAAGUCGGCAAACAUUCUUUUGGAUGACAGAUUUGAAGCACAGGUGUCAGAUUUUGGACUGGCAAAAUUAGCAUUAGAUGCUCAUACUCAUGUCACAACACGUGUCAUGGGAACCUUUGGGUAUAUGGCCCCAGAAUAUGCAUCCAGUGGAAAGCUCACUCAAAGAUCUGAUGUAUUCUCAUUUGGUGUUGUAUUGUUGGAGCUUGUUACUGGAAGGAAACCUGUUGAUACAUCACAGCCUCUUGGGGAUGAGAGCUUGGUUGAAUGGGCUCGACCUUUACUUAGUCACGCUCUUGAAGAAGGGAACUUUGAAGCAUUGGUUGACCCAAGGCUUGAGAAGAACUUUGAUCGGGGUGAAAUGUUCCGGAUGAUUGAGGCAGCAGCGGCAUGUGUACGCCACUCAGCUCAAAGAAGACCACAAAUGGGACAGGUGGUGAGAGCAUUGGAGAGUGAUACUGCCAUGGCAGAUCUGAAUAAUGGAGUGAAACCCGGUCAGAGUACCAUGUAUAACUCUGCACAGUAUUCUGCAGACAUCAGACGAUUUCGGAGGAUGGCUUUUGGCAGCCAGGAUGUUGGUAGUGAUUUCAGUGGAGUCAGUAGUGAAUAUGACAUGAAUCCUUCUACCUCUAGCAGUGAAUGUCACAAGAGCAAAGAAGUAGAAGCUAAGCGCUCUAGGCAUUUGAAGACAGACUUUGAAUCUGCUUCUGGAAGUGAGUACCCAAGUAGUGAAUCUGAGACACGUCCUAUAAACAUUUCUCAUUCCCAUAAAGAUGAAACAGGUGAAAGAAGUUCUGAUGAGCUUCGUACUAAUUUUCGCAGUCAGCCUCUUAAAGGACGUUAGGUAACCUUUUGUAGAUACUCCCUGCCCAAAUCAAAGAACAGAUAGUUUCUUAUAAACCUCAGAUACAUUUAUUGCUACCUUCAUUGUUCUCAAAGGUUGUAAAAAAUGUUCAGUUCUUUAAAGAUGGCCUGCAAAUCACAUCUAUACAGGGAAGAUCUUUGAGCACUGAAAAAUGCUGUAAAGAUUUGGAUUUUCAGAGUCUGCAUGUGAGGGGAUAGCAGUUGAAUUGAACGGAUGGAGUAAUAUUGCUAACACACCCCAGGUACAGCUCGAUUCGGCAACUUCGGGAGAUUUUAUAUUUGUAUCUCGAUUUACAUGAGAACUUCUUCUCUCUGCGCUUUAUUUUUCCUUUUCCCAGGCAUUUUUUCCCUCUUUGUAGAUGCAGAGGAUAUGUCUAGUUAUUAUUUGAUUGUAUAUGCCAUGCUGACAUGGCACCGAUUAUCGUUAGGCAGUUUAUUUUUUUUGAAAAGCAUUAUGUACAGUGUGCUCUCUUCUCUAUUUUUUAAUUUUUUUUUCAAUCAAUAUUGGUUAUUUUUUAGAA